AUGGCCGACCAAGCCGCGGAGCCUGAAGUGAAGCCCUGUGAUGUGCUAUCAGCAUGGGAGAAGAGCAAAACUGUGAUGAACCGUUUGAUGCAGGGCUGUUUGGUGCAUUUGCCCCCAGACACCAAGAAAAUCAAGCGAGAUCAUCUUGCCGAGAACGUCGAGCUUCUCGGGCCACUGAUAAAGAAUGUGGGCCUGAGAAUGUCCGCCCACGUGCUUGCGGAGUAUUUCAAGCGGUUUUACCUUGGCUACAGACCUAUGAAUCUUCGCAUGCCAACGAGUUCAAGCAUGGAUGGCGAGACGUUUGAUCACAUGCUUUUCCCAGCUCGCGAAACGGCCACAUGUGGCUCAGCAGCCGCAGAUGAUGAUGAGAAUGACAGCGUGUCUGAUGAUGAAGCUGCUGAGUCCGAAGCUGAAAUGGAAGAUGAUGCUGAGAUUGAGGUAGAGGAGGAGCCUGUUACUGGUAAUGCCUCGAGCUCCGCAAAUCCUGUGGAGAUGCCCGACAAGGGUGCCGAAGUGGAACCCUCGAGACCUACGGCCGAAGACUCUUGCUUGAAGCAUAUCUACACCCUGCUCCGCAGCAUCGUCUUCAUCUCCGGCGAUCGUGACACCGCCUCCUCGCACCCAGGUAAAGAACCGCUGAGCCCGAGAAGCCAGGCAAAGCAGCGCAGGGAGCAUUAUUUGGUACAGGAUCGUGCCUAUGGAUACUUGUGUGUCCUUUGCGGAAACAAUGCAAAGGAACCCGGGAUUCUCAGAGCCAAGAAAUGCUUCCCACUCCCGGAUCUGAAGCCAUUGGAUGAGCACCUUGAAAAAGCUUCGAAGUCCAGCAAGGCCUCUGGCUCAGGAUCUCCCCGCCCUAGCCCGACCGAAGCCUUAUCAGAGGUGACCCCCAAGCAGGCUUCAAUGAUGGAGGAGUUAGCAUUUUUGCAGAAGCAACAGGCUAAGUUGGAGGAGCUUUUGAAAUUGCAGGAACUCGAGGAUUUCGAAAGAGCUUUGCAGGAGGAAGAGGAGCAGCUACAGGCUGCUUUAAGAAGGUCUGAGUUGGAGGCUGAGGAAGCUGAGCUGAAUCGCAAACGCAGUAGGCCAGCUGAUGAUACAAUUUUUCAUGCAGCAGAAGCUCCAGCAUCAAACACCGCAAAGCCAACCGACUGCCAAGCCAUCCCAGCAUCCAGCUUUGAAGCAAGACUUGCUGCGGCUUCAGAGGCCCCUCCUGCAAUCAUGGAGCCAACCAAAGCAGAGCCUCAUGAAGUCUUCUUUGACCCAAAGAAUGAACUGGAGAUGCCCCCCUCAGCAAUCGUGGAGCCAUCCCAAGCAGACCCUGAUGUGGCCCCAAAGAAUGAAGUGGAAGUGCCCCCCCGCAGCAAUCGUGAAGCCAUCCCAAGCAGCCCCGAUCUCCUCGACACGGUGCCUGAGGAGCCACUGUUCUACGAGAAGCCUCCGGCAACUUUGGAAAACGAGUCUGAGGAGUUGUUGGGGACAUGCAAGAGGCUCGAGGUACCUUUAGUGACAAAGGGUCCAGAGGCACCGCAGGCAGAGAGUGCAGAGGUUGUGCAGCCUACUAGUGUGUCGCUCAGAAUCGAACCAUUGUCUGAUGCUGAAGAAGGGGAGGAAGAGCUCCCCGAAGAUGAUGUGUUGAUCGAUGUCAAUUCAGAAGGGAAGCUGCAAAGUAAAAAGGCUCAUGAGGGCCAGGAGGAGGAUACAAAGCUCGCAAGCCCCAGCAAAGCCACUGUCUUUUACGACAGACACCUGCCUCCCUGCCCGAUUGAAAGUGAUCACAAGCCCGCAACACCCGCAGAGCAGAGACUGGCUGUGGGUGCUCGUGGAGAUGGUCCUGGACGUGGUCGCGGCCGUGGACGCGGACGCAAAGGCUCGAAGGGCAGGGGCAGGGGUCGAAGCAGUGGAAAGGGCAAAGGCCGAGGUGGCCGAGGUCGGGCUUCGGACGAAGUGGAUGAAGAAGAAGAUGAGAGUGAUUGCGAGGAAGAGACUGAGCCUCCGAGGGCCAAGGCGGCCCCAAAGAGGUCGGCGAGCACGCCAAAGGCUAAGGCGGCACCCAAGAGCAAGCGCUCGAAGGACCCAGCACCCAAAGUGAAUCCCCGUGGCCCCAGCAACAAACGCAAAGCCGAGGAUGCAGCACCGAAAGCGAAUCCCCCCAGUGGCCCCAGCAACAAAUGCAGAGUGGAGGAUGCAGCGCCAGAAGUGAAUCCCCCCAGCCGCCCAGCGAACAAACGCAAAGCCGAGGAUCCAGCACCGGAAGUGAAUCCCCCCAGCCUCCCAGCCAACAAGGGCAGACGAAAGGAUCCAGUGCCGAAAGCAGGUCCCAAAGCCAAAGCCAAGGUCAAAGCAUCUGCAAAACGAGCUGCUAGCAAGCCGAACAACACCACAGAUGAUGCUGAGGCUGAAAAGAAGGCACAGAAGUCACGCAAGUCUGUGGCAUAUCAUCGUGCUGUGAAGCAAGCCAAAGAAGAUGGAAUGACAGAGGAGGAAUGCAAACAAGCAGGGAAGCAGGUCUGGCUGCUGGCCUUACAUAGACACGACAAGCUGUUGAGUGAGAACGGUCACAACGUCGCCUCGUAUGAUCGCCUCUACGGCCAGCCCAUGGACUUCACAUCGAAUGCUGGCUUUGCGUUCCAUGCAUUGCAAUAUGUACGUGUGUACAUGUGCUUGGUUUGUGCAUGGAUGAUCGAUCAGAUACUGCAGCUGAUAAGCAGCGAGGUCUACCGGCAAUCUUUCUGGUACAUUGACAAGGCCGGGAAGCAUCGGUAUGUGGGGAAAACAAAACUCCUCAAGGACUCCGGGAUUUACACCCGGACCUUUGGUGAGAACUUGCUGUACGCCUUCGAUCAAUGGUGCAAGUUGCCUCCUGCCGAUCGAGCAGAUGUUCGAGGCCGCCGGCACGUAGAUCUCGGCAGCAGUGAUAAGGAGAUAUUUGCUGCUUUGGAAACGGAUGAUCUGUGGUUGGACGCCCGGGUCCACGAGACGUUCCUGUACUUGUAUGGGUCGAAGAAUUGCAAGAUACCCGACAGCUGGUGUGGUGUAAUGGAGAACUUCAAAGAUGAAGUCAUGAUGAAAGCUUGCGGUGAUGAGCGCCUUCGUUCUGAGCUGCAGCAGCUUUCUGAAGCUGCCCCCGGGCCCAGCCAGUCAGACCCAAACCAGCCCGGAAGCAUUUUCUUCAAGUUUAAAGGGAGGGAGACGGAGCUGAGCAUGGAAAGCUAUGACAGCGCAGUCGAAGAUGCUCAGAAUCCCAAUCCAAAACUGGAUGAGUUGCUGAACAUGCCGGUUGCAAACUCUAUGCCCCCGCCCAAGAAAAGCCCCAAGCGACCUUUGCAAGGUGUGGACGGUGUGGCUCACUCCCCGAGCCCGAAGAAGCCUGCCUUAGCCUUAGCAGUUCCUGCAGAAGUCAAGCCCACAGCAACCCCUCCUCCCAAGGGUUCCCAGAGUUCCCAGAGCCCCGGCCCAAGUCUCAGCGAGAGAUCCACGCCGGCCCCUGCCCCGAAGCCUGGCAAACGUGGCAAAAGCCCCACUUACUGGAGGCCAGAUUUGGAUCAAGCCUUCUGCUCUGUAUGCUCGGUGAUCUAG